UUGAGAAAAGAUGUAGGGGAAUAUAAAUGAGGUGUGUUUGAGCGUGAGAGGAGAUGGGUUGAUAGAUUUGCUCGAGAGACUGGAGUGUUGAGUUGGUCAUGGAGGGGAGAUGAUGGCGUUUAUAUAUCCAUUUCCACAUUCUUUUGGCCGUGAAAGGCCGAGUCGACACCGCGCACUGCUAUACUCUUGUGCUGGUUCACCCCGGACAGACAGGACGGCGAUCAAUAGUCCUAUGUUCAGCUCGCCACUCCCUCUGCAUCUGCCCACCAUAGUGGCUUUUCCUAUUGGAUUGGAUCUUUUUUUCAGCUCGACUCGUGCAGUUACGGUGGUGGGGAGAGGAGCGAUGUUGGUGAGCAGUUUGACAACUGUCAUGACGCUGUGUGUUGUCUUUCGUUGCAUCGUAUUUCAAGGCGCAGGGUCAUUGGGCUAUGAAUUUGAACUAGCGCAGCCCGUCAGACAGCUCAGCAGUGCAGGUCUGAAAGACCCGAUCGCCUAGACUAGUGUGCCUGGGCGAAGUUUUCCGGAGUUGACGAUUGGACUAUCAGA